CCAAAAAUCACAGAAACCCCCCAAAAAAAGAAGAAGAAACCAAAUCCCCAACUCUCUCUUCAGAAUUCGGAAAAAAAUAGGUUUUUUCUUUUUAAAAAAAAAAUCGAAGAAUGGCCGAUCAUCGUCGGAGGAAGAGGGCACGCCUCGUCGUCGGCGGGUUCCACGUGCCGAUCAUGUGCGCGCCACGUGGUCGGGAGGAGGAGGAUCUCGAGAGGGAUCUCUCNUCUCGAUGGAGGGGAGCCAGUACAGCAUCUCGAGCGCCAUGCUGCCCUCGCUCGGAGGGAGGAGCCAGCGCAGGAUCAAGCUCCGCAGGCUCAUCGUAUCGCCCUACGACAAGAGAUACCGGGUUUGGCAAACCUUUCUCAUUGUUUUGGUCGUUUAUACAGCAUGGGUGUCUCCAUUUGAAUUUGGGUUUGUCAAAGGACCAAGAGGAGCCCUGGCCAUUACAGACAACAUUGUCAAUGCUCUAUUUUUCAUAGAUAUCAUCUUGACCUUUUUCUUGGCCUACCUUGAUAGAGCCACUUAUCUUCUGAUAGACGACCACGGGCAGAUUGCAAGGAAGUAUGUAUUCAGCUGGUUCUCUCUGGAUCUCAUUUCCACUAUACCAAAUGAACUUGCUCGCAAGAUCCUUCCACCGAAGGUUCGCGAUUAUGGAUUCUUCAACAUGCUUCGGUUGUGGCGUCUUCGGAGAGUUAGUUCUCUUUUCGCUCGAUUAGAGAAAGACAGAAACUUCAAUUACUUCUUGGUUCGAUGUGCAAAACUUAUUUGUGUCACCCUAUUUGCUGUCCACUGUGCCGGUUGCUUCUAUUAUCUACUUGCAGCAACGUAUCCAGAUCCAAAAAUGACAUGGAUUGGAGCAUCUAUGCCUGAUUUCCAUCAUAGAAGCUUGUGGAUUCGGUACGUGACUGCGAUGUACUGGUCAAUUACCACUCUUACAACAGUUGGAUAUGGAGACUUGCAUCCUCAGAAUACGCGGGAGAUGGUUUUUGACAUUGCUUACAUGCUCUUCAAUCUAGGAUUGACAUCAUAUUUGAUUGGAAAUAUGACCAAUUUGGUGGUCCAUGGGACCAGCCGAACAAGAAAAUUUAGGGAUACAAUCCAAGCAGCCUCAAGUUUCGCACAAAGAAACCAGCUACCAGACCGACUCCAAGAUCAGAUGCUUGCUCACCUGUGUUUGAAAUUUAGGACUGACUCAGAGGGCCUUCAACACCAAGAAACCCUUGAUGCCCUGCCUAAGGCCAUCCGAUCUAGCAUUUCUCAUUACUUGUUUUUUAAUCUUAUUUUGAAGGUCUACUUAUUCCGCGGUGUUUCUAGCGAUAUCCUUUUCCAACUGGUGUCAGAAAUGAAAGCUGAGUAUUUUCCUCCAAGGGAGGAUGUGAUCUUGAAGAACGAAGCACCAACGGACUUCUAUAUACUAGUCACUGGUUCUGUGGACUUGAUAGAUGAAAAGAACGGGGUUGAACAGGUUGUUGGAGAGGCCAGGUCUGGUGAUAUUUUUGGAGAGAUUGGCGUGCUCUGCUAUAAACCACAGCUGCUAACAGCCCGCACCAAGAAGUUGUGUCAGCUGUUGCGAUUAAAUCGUACUUCAUUCCUUAGUAUAGUGCAGUCGAAUGUUGGAGAUGGAACUAUAAUUAUGAGCAAUCUAUUACAGUAUUUGAAAGAGCACAAGGAUUACGGAACGGGCAGAAUCCUUGAUGAGGUAGAGAGCAUGUUGACCCGAGCUUCUGAAACGGGGUUUGGAUCCAAAUGAAUCUGACAGUACUAACCACACAGCGCUGCACAUAGCGGCUUCCAGAGGAAAUUUUAAUGCUGCUCGUCUUCUGCUUGAGUACGGAGCAAAUCCCAAUAGCAUAG